UCCAAGAUGGCAGUAGGGGAAGUCGUUACUACCGGUUAACACUUUAUCUAGUCAUGAAGAGAAAAAGAAAAUGUCACCCUAGCUGAAUGAACUUGGGCUAAUAUUAAAGUAUUUUUAAUGGAAGUCUUGAAAUUUAGAGGCAGAAGCAACAAGAAGAUCGGCAUAUGAAAUGAAGACCUCCCCCUGCUGCGCGGGGCGUGAUUAAACGCCUCUUCCGGCCCCUCUCCCCGGGCUAGAAGCAGUAGAGAGCGCUCCGUGAAGAGAAGCCUCACGGAGGGAGCGCAAGGCCUUCUGGGAAACGGAGGUCCUCCGCCACCAUCUUGCUUUCCCUGAUCCCUGUCAGUACGGGGUCACGAGUGAGUUGGGGCCAUGAAGCUGCUAACGGGCGCCGGAUCCCUCUCGAGACGAUUUUAUUCCCUCAAAGUUGCCCCAAGAAUUAAAGCCUCUGCUGCAAAAGCUCCUGUACAACUCCAUCCUGAGGAACUUGAGCUAACAAAGUUACCAAAUGGCUUAGUGAUUGCCUCUGUGGAAAACUAUGCUCCAGUUUCAAGAAUUGGUUUGUUCAUUAAAGCUGGUAGUAGAUAUGAAGAUUCUACUAAUUUUGGAGCCUCCCAUUUACUCCGUCUUGCAUCCUAUUUGACUACCAAAGGAGCUUCUUCUUUUAAGAUAACCCGAGGGACUGAAGCUGUUGGUGGUAAAUUAAGUGUGACUAGUACAAGGGAAAGCAUGGCUUAUAUUGCUGAAUGCCUCCGGGAUGAUGUUGAUAUUCUAAUGGAGUUCCUGCUCAAUGUCACCACAGCACCAGAAUUUCGACGUUGGGAAGUAGCAGAUCUUCAUUCACAAUUAAAGAUUGAUAAAGCAGUUGCUUUUCAAAACCCCCAGACUGGUGUGAUUGAAAAUCUGCAUGCUGCAGCUUAUCGGAAUGCCCUUUCUAAUUCCUUGUAUUGUCCAGAUUAUAAGAUUGGGAAAAUUACUCCAGAAGAGCUUCAUUACUAUAUACAGAACAAUUUUACAAGUGCAAGGAUGGCUCUGGUUGGACUUGGUAUAAACCAUGUUGUUCUGAAGCAAGUUGCCGAGCAGUUUCUAAACGUGAGAGGUGGGCUUGGCAUGUCUGGUUCAAAGGCUCAUUACCGUGGAGGUGAAAUUCGAGAGCAGAAUGGUGAUAGUCUUGUCCAUGCUGCCAUUGUAGCCGAGGGGGCUACCUCAGGAAGUGCAGAGGCAAAUGCAUUUAGUGUCCUUCAGCAUGUCCUUGGUGCAGGGCCUCAUGUUAAGAGAGGCAGCAAUGCCAGCAGCCAGCUGCAUCAGGCUGUAGCCAAGGGAACAAACCAACCAUUUGAUGUUUCAGCCUUUAAUGCAAAUUAUUCUGAUUCUGGACUCUUUGGAAUUUAUACUAUAUCUCAGGCUGCAGUUGCUGAAGAUGUUAUCAAGGCUGCUUACAACCAGGUAAAAGCAGUUGCUCAUGGUAACCUUCUGAAGCAGAUGUCAUAACAGCUAA